GAAGUAUUCUCCGCAAGAAGAAUAAAACCUGUGCAGCCUCCCAGGUUUGCCUCAGUGGAGUUUCACUGCUCGCCGUCUUCACAGCGGAUACUUUUCUUUGUAUUUACUCCGGUUUGUGUCGGUAUCUGCGCUCAGGGAGACUGCAGGAUGGAGAAACUGAACAUGUUGACUCUAACCUUGAGCCUGGUUGUAGUUUUAGUUUUAACUCAGGCAGACUGCAGCAGAAACUCCACAUUUAAAAGAGUGAAACAGACACAGAUUUUGGGCAUUGACUGGAAGAACUGCGGGAAGCCAGAUGCUCCAGCUGUGCUCAAGAGUCUGGAAGUGUCUCCAGACCCGAUCUCCAUCCCAGGAGACCUGACGGCCUCCGCCUCUGGAUCCACAUCUGUAGGGCUGGACUCGCCCCUGUCUGUGACCGUGACUCUGGAGAAGGAGGUGGCGGGUUUCUGGGUGAAGAUCCCGUGUUUGGAUGAGUUGGGCAGCUGUCACUAUAAGGACGCCUGUGAUCUCCUGAACCAGGUUUUCCCUCCAGGUGAGGACUGUCCCGAACCGCUGCACACCUACGGACUGCCCUGCCACUGCCCCUUCAAAGCUGGCUCGUACUCUCUGCCUCAGUCGGACUUCUUCCUGCCCAACAUGGAUCUGCCUUCCUGGCUGACGAACGGGCACUACCGCGUGCAGGGCGUGCUGGGCAGCCAGGGCAACGAGCUGGGCUGCCUCAAAAUCGCUCUCUCCCUUCACUCGGACUAAAACCAGCCAGGGAGAACACGCGGGACGUUCCAGGUCUUUUUGUUUGUUUGCACGUAAUCACGAUUUUAAUUGGGAAAUGAAAGCAGAAGUUGCACAGAGUACUGAGAUUUAUAAACCUCACAGAGGUCCAUGAAAGGUUGGAUGUCAGAUGACAAGAAGAAAAAAAAAAAAAAACAUUUGACAUGUUAAGCUUAACAUGAAGGUGAUUUUAAUGUGGUGUAAUUCCCGCAAUCUCGCCUCAUUUGUACAUUUCUGAUGUACCAUAUAACUUGUUUAAUUGUUAAAAAAACAGAACGGAGACCAAAAUGACAUCAGAAAAGCUUAAAGAGGCAUUAGACAAAUACAAACCAUUUUUUUGUGGUGAAGGAUGUGUGGAAGCUAUUCAAAUGUAAAGAGGUUUUUAUAAUAUUUUAUUCAGUGUAAGCACCGAUACAGCUCUACAGAACCAAAGGAACAAAACACUGGAAGCUUUUCAGACUGAUUCCCCUCACAAUAUGAAAAUCAUAUGUAAAUAUUUUUUUUUACAUUGAAAGUGAGUCCUUUCACUGUGUCUGUGAAUUCCUGUUGGAGAACGCAAAACAGUCAAAACGCACAGCUCACAAUACUACACGGAUGUUGAUCCUGUGUUCACGAUAUGAUACUAUCAGAAUAUUUUACAAUUUUCUAAUUUUUAUAAAUAAACGAGAUUCAAGAAUAAAUCAUAUUUUAAUUUAAUUCUCUGACAAUAAAUAUAAAAAAUUUGCUCCUUUUUCUUUAUAAAUAAUAGUAAGAUCAGAGUUAGACCUCUUUGAAACUUUUGUUUACAUAAAAGAAGGAUUUUCAAAACAAUCCUGAAUCAAAUCAUCCUGAGUCAAAGUGAACGUCUGCAGUUUGUGUUUGUGGCACUGAAGUACACAAAGCUAUGGAUGUUAUCAACUUUUUGACGCCUGAUUACAAGUGAGUAUAAGUAAGCUGAUAGCUCCCUCUACUGGUUAAAAAGAGAAUUGCAAUAAAUGUCAAACCAAUUUAAAUUGUCCAUUUUUGUAUAGAGCCACUCAUGCCAAAAAAGACUGUACUGACAUGAUGCCGUGACACAAACCCCACCAUGUGCCUCACUCUGUCCUGCUGAUUCCUCCAGAUCACUAAACCAAAAAACAUUUCUACACAGCAUAACUUUCCCUCUGACCCCUCUCUAAAACAACAGUGUUAUAAAUCUCAGUAUUUCAGAUUUUCUUUGAAAACCUUAUAAAGCUCUCAGACAUACAUUUCAGAUCUGACGUCAGAUGUGUCAAAAACAUGAAGAAGUGUGACUACUUUACCUAAAGGGGAAACAAACAUCUGUUUUUUUAAAUACUCUUUAAAUUGUUUUAUACAUUCUAUAUGUUUUAUUUCUCACCUGUCUGCUGGAUUGUUUUUGUUCUCUUUUCAUUGAAUGAUUGUUUUUUUUUUUUUUUUUUUUAAAUGGGGACUUUUUUGUAAAAGGGGUUGAAGCCGAUAAGCUGAAGCUCUGCAGGGAAUGAACACUUAUCUUUUUUUAGUGUAGCAGAUGAGAUAUUAGAUUUGAUUGGAAUCAGUUUAACUAUGUGCCUGUUGAGAUCAUCAGGAGGAACACACUGUAAUGCAAUAAACAAAGAUAAUAUUAAACUCAGAUGUGUUUUAUUAGUGAAGAAUGAUUUGAAACAGCUCAUGUUGAUUUUCUGCAGUGUCGAUGAUAAUGAUGACAGAUGAUGUGAUCAAUGUCAUUCUGCUGAUUCUUUCCACUCAGUGUACAGUUUGUAAUAAAUAUGAUCCCACAAUGA